UCGGGGUAGCUUUUGGGGGAGCGUGGCAUAUGGAUAUCUGACGAAGGAAGAGGGGAAAAGGAAAAGUAGGGGAGAGAGAAAGAGAAGAAGCUGCAACGUGGAUGGGUUUUGCUUGGGAGAGAAGAGGGAUGGUUGAACUCAAGGGAUAAACUGAAAGCAGCUCAAUGACCACCUAAGAGUUAAUGAGCUUUCAGCUGAGCGGAAGCUAUAAAAAAAAACAAAACUGGGAACCAAAAAACAAAACAACAAAGCACAAAACAACCACAGAGACUUCGGCUGAAAUGAAAAUGAAAGGAGAAAUCGGGGACAUGAACCUGUGGAGGGAGGCCGACUUUGCCUUGAACUGCACCUACAUUGUCAACGACCAGCCUAGUGACCAGAGCACAGGCAUUCCCAGAGCCAUAACGUCCAUACCACGAAACCUCACAUUCAAGUAUGGGCGAGACAAUGAGGUGAUAGGAGUCUUCAGCAAAGAGUACAUCCCCCAAGGAACACGAUUCGGCCCACUGCUUGGGGAAGUCUACACCAAAGAUGACGUUCCAAAGCAUGCCAACAGAAAGUACUUUUGGAGAAUCUACACAGGUGGGCACCUGCAACAUUUUGUCGACGGGUACGAUUUGCAGAAAAGCAACUGGAUGCGCUAUGUCAACCCGGCACACUCCCUGCACGAUCAGAACCUAGUGGCCUGCCAGAAUGGCAAGGACGUCUACUUCUACACCAUCAAGCCUGUGCCGCCACACAGCGAGCUGCUGGUGUGGUACAGCCGUGAGUUUGCUGACCGCCUGCACUACCCCUCUCCUGGAGACCUCCUCUUCUCCAAACAUGGCCACAUAACCAAGGGUAUCAGGGAUUCACCUUCAGAGAGCCAAAAAGACCAGCUACCUCACAAAGACAAGACCUUUGAGGAACACCAAAAUGCAGAAGCUAAGGAAACAAAGAGAGAAGAAGAAAGAAGGGACAAAAUGGAGAAAGAGAUGGAAGAGGAUGAAAGGAUUGAUGUGGAAGUGCUGGACAGAGACACACCUCCUGUCACUCCUGAUAACCAAAUUGUGGAUUUCAGCAAGAAGCUUUAUGAGUCACAUGCCAAAAAGGACACAUAUGCCCCAGCAGAGCCUAGCUACUCCCCUUCACAUUCUUUGCAUGGAGACACCCAGGACCAAAGAGCAGAAGUGCCCAGAAAGCCAAUGGGUCCUUAUUGUUGCUCCACAGACACGCCUACCUCAAGUCAGAAAGAAAUCCCCUUGCAUCUUCAUGGUCUCUACACCCACAGAGAGGGUCUGGUGUCCUACCCUACAUAUCCCCCAACCAGACACCUCCAGCAGCCUUGCCUCUACCCUUACAGCUCACAUUACCCCCGCUUUGUGCUACCUCAAUAUCCACCCCCGUUCCCCAGUGUCUUGUCCAGGGUGCCCUCAGCCUACAGUGGUUACCUGAGCAGCGAUGGGCUACCUUACCCCCUGGUGUCACAGCCCAGCCUGCUACCUGUGUCCAUACCCUUCCAGGCUCAGGCAGGCAAAGAAGGCCUGAUCGUCCCCAGUCCCCCCACUGCCUUCUCCCUCACCUCUCCUGGUGCUGGUGGACUGAAGGAGAGACCCCCCAACAAUUCCCCACCCAGCGGAGCCCCAGCUACUCCUGAGCACUCACCAUUGCCCAAGCUGUCUUCACCAAGGACAAGCGAGCGGGAAGAGGCCAUCAACCUUAGCACGCCAAAGAAUAGUCAAGCCACCACAGUCCUGGGAUACAAGUCUCUGCCCUACCCCCUGAAGAAGCAGAAUGGCAAGAUCAAGUAUGAGUGCAAUGUGUGCCUGAAGACCUUUGGGCAGCUCUCCAACCUAAAGGUACACUUGCGGGUUCACAGCGGAGAGCGGCCCUUCCAGUGUAUGGUGUGUAAAAAGAGCUUCACCCAACUGGCACACCUACAGAAACACAACCUGGUCCACACUGGAGAGAAACCACAUGAGUGUCAGGUGUGCCAAAAACGUUUCAGCAGCACAAGCAACUUGAAGACGCAUUUGCGCCUCCACUCGGGAGAGAAACCUUAUCAGUGCAAGCUGUGCUCCACCAAGUUCACUCAAUACAUCCACCUCAAGCUGCACAAGCGCCUGCAUAGCCGUGAGCACCCUUACAAGUGCCACCUGUGCUCUAGAGCCUUUGUCCACCAGUUCACCCUGCACAUACACACCAGGGGCUACUGCCCUUCAGUGGCUAUGGCCGGGCAGUCCAUGGAGGAGCUGAGCCGCAUGAACGAGCUCAUCGACAAGUUUGACAUGAGUGCCGACGCCGAUACCCUAGAGGAGCGGGCCAGCUUGGCAGAGGUGGAUGCAGUGGUACAGAAGUGGAUCAUCAAGAACAUGGAGAAGAAGGAGGGCAAGGAGGACCAGGUCGAGGUCUGCUUCCUUAAGAAAGAGAGCCUACACGCUGCUUCUUUUCAGGAGAGGGACACCGUCGUUCACAUGUACCGGCCCCCAGCACACCUACCCCUCACUGUCAAGCAAGAGCUUCAGUAGAUUCUUUGGUUGAAUGGACAGGGGUGUGAACUUAACCCAAGUGAAAACAAAGCCCCUGUUAAAUCAUCAGCAGUGAAAUGCAAAUAAUGGGAAUCGCCAAAAACCUUUUAAGGAAUGCCAACAAACCAAACAACUGCUUCCCAAAGACAGCCCCAGAAAAAUCACUGUAAUUGCACUUGUGCUAUGAACAAUCGUCUCAGUUCUUCUUUACCAGCUCGCAAAAGAGAAACCUUUUUAAACCUUUCCCAAAAGAACUGACUUUCCUUUGUUUUGUAUAUGUGCAUGUGUGUUCUAAUUUAUUGAGAAAACAUGUUUUGUAAUAUAUUUUAAAACCUGUAUUUUAUUUAAGUUUGUUUGUGCGUGUACGUCUUUACCUGUAGUAGCAUUAGUUUAAUUUAAACUGAUGUACCUGUGACAUACUGGGUCUUCUUAAAUUAGAGCUAGCAUUAAUAAAAGCACAUCUCUUCGGCUUGAAAGGCUAUAUGUAAUAGAAAUGAUUAAUGAAAUGCUUACAGUUUAUUUAAGGUAGCAAGGCAGGAAUAAACUCUCAAUUCCUCAUUAAGAUGGGUUUUGGUAUGGUUGCACAACCGUCAUGCAGUAAGACAACAAUGCAUACUUUAUUAAUUUAUCAGAUCAGGGUUUUCCAGAUUAUGUCCCUAUUUAUGAAGAUGAAAUUAGUGGUAAGCAUAUAUUUAAAACACUUCCCUAAUGUUCCAAUGUUCUUUCCUAGUUGUACAAAGAGUGCAAAUCAUUUUGACUGCAAGCAGUUUUAGGUUUUCUUUGUUCCCUCCAAGGAAUAAACAACACUUUGUAUUCUUUGUACUUUUUCUUCAAUUUAAAAAAGAGGAAGAUUGUUUUAGGUUGGUAGGGGAAAUUCAGCUCACCGAGUCUGAUGUUCCCAUUUUAUGUUAUGUUGGUGUUGUUUCUUUUCUUUUUUUGAUAUUUUUGAUAAACAGAUAACAAAGGCUUUAUAAAACAAGGAUGUUGGAACUGCAUGUGUAAAAUGAUUGUACCACAUAAGCCAAAAAAAAGUAGAAUAUUUUUUAAGAGAACAAAUACAAGGUGAGAUGAUAGUUCUAAAUCUUGAUAGUUAAUCAAGAUUGUCUUUGGGCCCCAGCAUUAAAAAAACCCAUACUAAGCCUUUAGAUUAUCCUAGAUAGCAUGUACCUGAUAGACAACUUUCACAAAGACCAAAAAUAAAAUGUACAGCAAUUAAAUAAUACUGAGGUUGGAAAUUCAACUUACAUAACUCUAGUUAUGUUUUUAUCCAAUCAAGAAAGAAAACUGUUUCUGCCUGUAGCACUUUUAGAUAAUGUUUUUAUUGACACAAACUUUGUGAGCAAAGGGACAUAUUUUUAAUAAUGAGCAAAACCACCAGCAAUGCACAGCAAGCAUCAUGUUAAUUCUAUGCCUCAUUGUAAGGAAUUCCCACAACAGUCACAGACGCAAAUGAAAGUAUUGUAGUUCAGGAUAUUUCAUACCAGGCAUGAUGCGCCAAGUUGUUGCUAAAUCCACAGAAAAAGACUAGCAAACUUCCCUUUAAAUAAUGUUUUGCACUGUUUUGCGAAAUUAGCUUUAAGCAUAUAAACAUACAAUGUUUUGAAUUGUGUCAGAACUUACAGUAGAUGUGCAAACCAAAGUACUUAAAAAAAAAAAUUAAAACAUAAAAUUGAUUUGCGGUAUUUAUGGUAUGUAGGCACAUCUUCUUAAUCACUUUUUUUACUGUAAUAUGUAUUUUAUCAGCAGAGUCUCUUAGACCAUGCUGGUGGUCAGUCUGUUUGGUUAAUCGGUGGAUGACUCAUGACUGACUGUCAAAACGUACAUAUCUGUUGUGAAAGCCAUAACCUAGCAAAGUUAGAAUUCCGGUUGAGUCUUACUAUUGACUUUAACCACUUGUUGCUGAAUCAGUAAAUUAGUACAUUAACAUGGGCUGAUGAUUUCAGCAAAAUCAUGUGGAUAGGCAAGCACUUACAAAUAGCUCAUUUUUUCUCAGGGCUAAUCAUUCUUUUUAUAAAUUAAAAAGAAAACCAGACAAUAUCUCAGGAACUUUUUUAUACCACACUCAGGAUAAUGGAAUUAUCAAUAAAUAUAUUUCUAUUUACACCACUUUAUCCUUUGGCUUUAAAAUCAGUAUUCCCAAAGCUCCGAACAAAUCAACUUUAAGAAUAGGUCUGUGUGUUGCUUUGCUUUAUAUGUGAAUAAACACCAAAGCAUCUGUUACUGAUAAAUAAAAAGGUUUAGACUUUUGGUUGCUGUUAGUUUUGUACAGGUUGUCUCUGUUUAGAUAUUUUGUCUAUGUUUACAAGCUGUUUACACUUUAUAUGUGAAAGAUUUAUUUUGACUAAAUUUUUUAUAAUGUAUGUAGCA